AUUCAGUCUGUGCGUGUAUAAUAAUGCCAAAAAUGCCCAAAAGAAGACGUUGUGGUAGUGAUGUGGAUAAGAAGCUGCUUAAUCUAAAACAUAAGAUCAGAAAAUUGGAAGAACAACGUCGUCAUUGUUCACGGCGUUCCUUCUCGCCCUCUAGUAGUGGUAGUAAUUCGCCUUCAUCACAAUUUUCUCGGUCACCUCGGUCAUCGAGAAGAGUAUCGCCUCAUCAUGGUGGCUUAUUAGGGGUUUGCAAAAACCCAGGUGAAAACUAUCGAUGUCAUAUACGAGUCUUAUCUUCGUCGGAUGAGGAGUCUGAUACUGAAGAUACACAGAGGGGAGGCGACAAUGAGGAUCAGGAGAGCCAGGAUCCACUUGAUGAAAAUAUUUUGCAGUUGCUUGGUCCCAAUGUUGCGCACAAGGAACUUGAGGGGUCAAAUAUUCAAAAAGACCUAGCUCUUAGAUGGGAGGCUAUUUUAAAACAGGGUCUCAGUAUGGAAGAUAAAAAUACAAUUAUUAAUGGCUAUCUUAUCCCUAAAAACUGCCAAGCCUUCUACCCACUUAAGCUUAAUAAAAUAGUGUCUGAUGCCAUAACACAUUCUGUAAUCAGAAGAGAUAUCAAAAUGUCUCUAAAUCAGACUCAGAUUGGGGCCGCGGCUUCUGCAGUGGGAUUGGCUGUUACUACUCUUUUAAAGGAGAAAACAGAAGAGCACAGUAGCAUUAUAAAACAGCCAAGUGAUGCUGGCCGACUAAUGGCCGAUUUCUUUAAUAGCCAGUCACAAUGUAGAAGGGAGCUCCUACUAUAUAAUUUAAAUAAAGACUUAAAAGAUACCUUGGAAAAAUCUGAGCUUUCCUCUUGGUUAUUUGGAGAUAACCUUGAAGAAGAGAUUAAGACGUCCAAGACUCUUCAGAGGACCAGUGAGGAGUUAAGACAAUCCAGCUUCAAGACAAAGAAAGUUUUUAGGCCUUUAAACUUAAAGAGUCUGUCCCGACCAAACAACGGCCUUACUCGGGGCAGACAGAACCACUACAAUCCGUCGCAGAGCUCAAUGGGCGACAACCCACGACAUCAUCAGCCACAAUCAUACCGCAAUCAAUACAACAGACAUUUUCACAACAAUCGUCAAAAAGAAAAGAGACGCCGAGUACCGACAAACAACAGAAAUCUCUAGAGGUUAGUAAGUUAGCUGGCAGAUUAACCAAUUUUUUUCCAGAAUGGCAAAAAAUAACUUCGGAUAAAAUGACUUUAUCUUAUGUAUCAGGAU